AUGGCGGAAAAGCUGCAAUCAAUCGCCGAGGACGGCAGCCACCAUGUCAACCCUGAAAAUCGGCAGCCUCCGCAACCUGCCGAGCACGGCACCAGGUUUAGAGAUUCCGACCACCUGAGGCGCGCCCUGUCUGCGCGGCAGGUCCAGAUGAUUGCGAUAGGAGGCACCAUUGGCACGGGCUUGUUUCUGGGCACGGGCAAGUCCCUGGCAACGGGCGGUCCUGCAUCGUUGCUGUUGGCUUACGCCAUCACGGGCGCCAUCAUCUUCCUCACCAUGCUGUCCUUGGGCGAAAUGGUCGCCUUUAUCCCGGUUGCCGGAAGCUUCUGCUCCUUUUCAGGGCGGUUCGUUGACGAUGCUUUCGGCUUUGCCCUGACCUGGAAUUACUGGUUCAACGACGCAAUCUCUACCGCGGCCGACCUGGUAGCCCUCCAACUAGUGCUGCAGUACUGGUCGGAAAGCUUUCCCGGCUGGGCGAUGAGCUUGGUGCUCUGGGCUGCCCUGAUCGCCGUCAACGUCGCCACCGUCAAGGCCUAUGGUGAGCUGGAGUACUGGCUGAGUCUUCUGAAAGUAAUCACCAUCAUCGUUUUCAUCGUCAUCGGCCUGGUUGUCAACUGCGGCGGUAACCGAAGCGGUCAUUACAUUGGCUUGGAAAACUGGCAUCUCCCUGGUGCUCCCUUUGUGGGAGGGCUUGGCGGCUUUGCGUCGGUUUUUGUCACAGCUUCGUUUUCCUAUGGCGGCACAGAAUCCAUUGCUAUUACCGCCGGAGAGACCAAGAACCCUACCAAGACCAUGCCUCGCGUCGUAAAGAAUGUGUUUUGGCGAAUCCUCUUGUUCUACGUCCUCUCGGUUCUUUUCAUCGGCCUCAACGUGCCCUAUACGUAUCCCAACCUGAGCACCAAGAAGAGCAGCACGUCGCCCUUUACGAUUGUGUUUGAAAUGGCGGGCGCCAGCGCUGCCGGGAGCGUGAUGAACGCAGUGAUUCUGACGAGCGUCGUGUCCGGCGGCAACCACUCCUUGUUUGCGGCGGUCCGGUUGCUGUACACCUUGUCCAUGGAGGGACACGCACCCAAGCCGUUUGGCAAGCUGAACAGAAAUCAGGUGCCGUGGGUAGCUGUGCUCGGAACAGGGUUCAUCUCGGGACUCUUUUUCGGAUCCAGCUUUAUCGGGGCCGGGCAGCUCUGGUCAUGGUUACAAAAUCUGGUGGGUGUUUCAAACCAGCUCGCCUGGACCGCCAUCGGCAUCGCGUCUAUCCGCUUCAGGGCCGGUCUCGAGCGCCAAGGCAAAACGCACCUGCUCCCCUUCAAGAACUGGGCAUACCCUUACGGACCGUGGGCAACCGUCGUGCUCAACUGCUUCCUCGUUCUGGUACAGGGCUGGAGCUGCUUCAGCCCUAGGUUUGACGCCGUCAGCUUCCUGAGCUUCUACAUUGAGCUGCCCAUCAUGCUUGCCAUGUACCUGGGGUGGAAAUUCAUCAAGGGGACCAAGAUUGUCGGGCUGGAGGAAAUGGACCUGGUGACGGACGUCUAUACGGCUGAGGAGACGGAGCCGGAAAAGAAGCGGUGGCAAUCGCGAGCGGAGAGAGUGCUCGGUUGGUUGUUCUGA